GUUCGAGGCUAAGCCAUAGUCGGACUGAGGAUUGUCCACAAAAUGCACGCGUUCUAUUUGUUUGGAUUGACGCUAUUCACAGGCGCCUGGAGCUGGGGCUAUGGCGGGCCCGACUAUUACGGUUCACGGUGCGACCAUCUGCAGUGCUCGGAUGUCAAGGAGGAGGUCUGCGCUAAGAUCGAAGGCGGACAUCAGCGAGCGACCUUCGAUAAUGCCUGCGAGGCCCAGCGCUAUAGCUGCCUAACGGGAAAUUAUUGGCGCAUACUGUACGACGGUCCCUGCGAGUGCCCCCUCAAGUGUCCACUUACGUGCAGUCCGAUCUGUGCCACGCUUGAGAAUACGCAGAAGUCAUUUCAAAACCAAUGCGAAAUGCAGCAAUUAAUAUGCCAUACGAGCGAACCUUGGAGAUACCUGCACGAAGGGCCAUGCGCUGGCGAAGAGGCCAUAUAUUCACCACAAGGACCUUUAAUGAGAGCGAAUCCAUCCUAUCCGCUUUAUGCACCCCAACAGGCAUAUGGCCCACCUGCCUAUGGAUAUCCCGCUUACGGACCCUAUGCCUAUCACCAACCAGCCUAUGGACCCCCAUUGCCAGUGGCUUACCCAAAUCCCUAUAGCCAGCAACGGGCAGCGGCUCAGCUGCAACCUUACCACGUAUACAUCUCGAGAGAUGCUCUGCCCACAGAGUCAAGCGAAGCAUUCGGGACAACGACAGCUCAAUCGGCGGUUGAAUCCUCAACUGAACCAUCCACGAAUGUAACAGAUGCAAGCCUCUCUUCCGAUGCAACGUCCGAUCCUAGUACGAUGAAUGAGGAGAGACAGGCUUUAGUCCAGAGCUUAAGAAAUGAUAUCAAUGAUGAUUCUAUCCCAGAGAAUACAACUACUUCUGCUGCUUCUGAGUACAAUUCGCCAACUGAAGCAGCCGUAAGUUCAGAUGGAGCUGCAGACAUAAAGGCAUCUGACCCAUACUCUCAGGAAACAACUACUGAAUCUUCUGAAAGCUCGUCAUCGGACUCUACGUCGGACUCUACAUCACAGCCACAAGUCCAAAGCUUAAGCAGAGCUGCAGCUGUUGAUCAGGAACCAGUAGAUAGCUCCCCACAAGAAACAGAUUCCACAACAUAUCCGACCUAUGGGGCUGAAGAUAAAAAGGCAUCUGACCCAUACUCUCAGGAAACAACUAGUGAAUCGACUGAGAGCUCGACAUCGGACUCUACGUCGGACUCUACAUCAGAGCCACAAGUCCAAAGCUUAAGUAGAGCUGCAGCUGUGGAUCAGGAACCAGUAGAAAGCUCCCCUCAAGAAACAAAUUCCACAACAUAUCAGAUCUAUGGGGCUGAAGAUAAAAAGGCAUCUGAUCCAUACUCUCAGGAAACAACCACUGAAUCGACUGAGAGUUCGACAUCAGAUUCUUCUUCAGAGCCACAAGUCCAAAGCUUAAGCAGAGCUGCAGCAGUGGAUCAGGAACCAGUAGAUAGCUCCCCUCAAGGAACUGAUUCCACAACAGCAUAUCAGACCUAUGGAGUUGAAGACAAAAAUGCAUCUGACCCAUACUCUCAGGAAACGACUAGUGAAUCGACUGACACCUCAACACCGGACGCUUCAUCGGACUCUACAUCAGAGCCACAAGUCCAAAGCUUAAGUAGAGCAGCAGCUAUUGAUCAGGAACCAGUAGAUAGCUCCCCACAAGAAACAGAUUCCACAACAUAUCCGACCAAUGGGGCUGAAGAUAAAAAGGCAUCUGAUCCAUACUCUCAGGAAACAACCACUGAAUCGACUGAGAGUUCGACAUCAGAUUCUUCUUCAGAGCCACAAGUCCAAAGCUUAAGCAGAGCUGCAGCAGUGGAUCAGGAACCAGUAGAUAGCUCCCCUCAAGAAACUGAUUCCACAACAGCAUAUCAGACCUAUGGUGUUGAAGACAAAAAUGCAUCUGACCCAUACUCUCAGGAAACGACUAGUGAAUCGACUGACACCUCAACACCGGACGCUUCAUCGGACUCUACAUCAGAGCCACAAGUCGAAAGCUUAAGUAGAGCAGCAGCUAUUGAUCAGGAACCAGUAGAUAGCUCCCCACAAGAAACAGAUUCCACAACAUAUCCGACCUAUGCGGCUGAAGACAAAAAUGCAUCUGACCCAUACUCUCAGGAAACAACUAGUGAAGCUUCUGAAAGCUCAACAUCGGACUCCUUAUCGGACACUACGUCGGACUCUACAUCAGAGCCACAAGUCCAAAGCUUAAGUAGAGCAGCAGCUGUUGAUCAGGAACCAGUAGAUAGUUCCCCACAAGAAACUGAUUCCACAACAUAUCAGACUUAUGCGGCUGAAGACAAAAAUGCAUCUGACCCAUACUCUCAGGAAACGCCUAGUGAAUCGACUGACACCUCAACACCGGACGCUUCAUCGGACUCUACAUCAGAGCCACAAGUCCAAAGCUUAAGUAGAGCAGCAGCUGUUGAUCAGGAACCAGUAGAUAGUUCCCCACAAGAAACUGAUUCCACAACAUAUCAGACUUAUGCGGCUGAAGACAAAAAUGCAUCUGACCCAUACUCUCAGGAAACGCCUAGUGAAUCGACUGACACCUCAACACCGGACGCUUCAUCGGACUCUACAUCAGAGCCACAAGUCCUAAGCUUAAGUAGAGCAGCAGCUGUUGAUCAGGAACCAGUAGAUAGUUCCCCACAAGAAACUGAUUCCACAACAUAUCAGACUUAUGCGGCUGAAGACAAAAAUGCAUCUGACCCAUACUCUCAGGAAACAACUAGUGAAGCUUCUGAAAGCUCGACUUCGGACUCCUUAUCGGACACUACGUCGGACUCUACAUCAGAACCACAAGUCCAAAGCUUAAGUAGAGCUGCAGCUAUUGAUCAGGAACCAGUAGAUAGUUCCCCACAAGAAACUGAUUCCACAACAUAUCAGACUUAUGCGGCUGAAGAUAAAAAUGCAUCUCAGGAAACAACUAGUGAAGCUUCUGAAAGCUCGACAUCGGACUCCUUAUCGGACACUACGUCGGACUCUAUAUCAGAACCACAAGUCCAAAGCUUAAGUAGAGCAGCAGCUGUUGAUCAGGAACCAGUAGAUAGUUCCCCACAAGAAACUGAUUCCACAACAUAUCAGACUUAUGCGGCUGAAGACAAAAAUGCAUCUGACCCAUACUCUCACGAAACAACUAGUGAAGCUUCUGAAAGCUCGACAUCGGACUCCUCAUCGGACACUACGUCGGACUCUACAUCUGAACCACAAGUUCAAAGCUUAAGCAAAGCUGCAGCUGUGGAUCAGGAACCAGUAGAUACCUCCCCACAAGGUUCCGAAGAUGCCAACGAUGCAACUCUGGAUUCAACAACUGCUUCAGAAGACUUAACGAUUGCAAACGUUGAUGACAAGCAAGUACGAAAUGUUGACGAAGCUACAGCAAACAAUGCGACUGUUAACCAAGUGAUUGUGCAAGUGUCCGAGAAGGAUGACGUUCAAACGAUUAAGAUCAAUAACACAAAUACGAAUCCAAGCCCAACAUACAUAUUUUUGUUCCUCUCCAAGAGUUCAGCGCAAAAGGUUGAUAUACAAAAGAACUGAAUUGACUGCAAACUAUGAGAUUUUCUACGAUGCCAAAGUAAUUUACGAAACCCAAACGAUUCAUAAGACUAAAAGCUUGACUAUUUUAGAUAUUAAGAAAGAAUCUUAAAAUAACGAAAACUUUAAUAAAAAUCUUUUUUUUUACAAUUA